CACCAUUUAUCAGUCAUGACAGAUGCACAAUGCCGCCGAAAGACACCACGGUCAAAUCAACAAGUUCUGACGGGUCGCAACGUCGGUCUGCUGACAUGGAGUUACAAAGGAAGCGUGCUCGAGAUCGAAAGUCGCAACAAGCUAUGCGAGACCGUGCCAGAUGGACGAUGGACAGUUUGAUGCACCAGGUGGCCCAGCUCAAUCGGGCACUCGAGCAGGAAGGCAAACGAAAUGACCAUCUCCAACGUCAGAUCUCCACCCUCGAGAAGGAGAAUGAGCGCUUUCAAGCAGACAAUGCUGCGCUGCAGCUACGCCUGUUGAGCGAGAUGCCAAUUCUUGACCAUCCUAGCGCACUAUCUUUCCCUUUAGCCGAGCUAGACAUCCUUCCAGAUUGGCAGAGAAUCCCAUUCAACUCCCCUCCGACAUGCCUUUCGGAUCAGAUUUUUCAAAAUCUCGUUGAAGAUCAGCUACGAGAUGGUUCAACCGACAUAUUUGGCAACUCAAGCCCCGACCUCCUGCGGCUCGUGGACAACACCGCACUGCAUACUGGUACUCUGAAUGAUGUGGUGUUGGACAUUGUCAAAAGCUAUGCCGAGAUUGACUCUCUUCCGAAGCAAGUUGCUGUCCAUUUUGUCAUGUUCCGAGUAAUGAGGUGGAUGGUCCUACAAGAUGAAGAAAGCUGGAAUCAGUUGCCACAAUGGCUCAGGCCCAUUCCCGAACAGAUCACUACGACACAUCCUGCCUGGAUCGAUAGAAUACCCUGGCCGAGGGCACGCCAGCACCUGAUAGCCCAUCCAGAGAUUCAACUUGAUGAUUUUGCUGCGGUAUACAGUUCAGGCUUCGAGAUUUUAUGGGCCUAUGACGCCAAGUCCGUCUUGAUUACGCUCAGUCCCAGCGAAGGCAAUGCCAGACAUGCCAUGAUCAAUCCUGUCUACGAAGAGCACAUCACUCACUUACAGAAUUGGAAAGUUGGCGAUGCUCUUCACCACAGAUUUCCCGCGCUCGCGGAAGCAAUCCAACAGGACCGUCAGCCUAGCCCUACAAGUACUCCCGUGAUGGCUUGAGCUGCGGCUCGCCAAAAGGGAUACUCCUUUCACAGUUCAGAUUCUAAACGUCCUUGUGCCUUUAGCGAGAGGACAUCAUCACGUUGAGAAGAAUUGUAGUAUGGUCAAGUCUAGAGAAGCCUCAUCAUGAGUGAAAUCCGGCUAAGUGUAUGAUUUCUCAUCUUGAAUGUUGACAUUCAAACAUACAAACUCCAAAUGCUAGUAUUUACAGGACACUGCGAACUAAAGCGGGGGAAUAAAAGAGGAGUUUGACAC